GUGGCGUGAGGAGCUCGGAGCUGCGGCGGACGAACCGACGGCGGGGUGAGGAGCUGCCGCCGCUGUGUGUUGUUUUGGCCAGUGCCGUUGUCACAGUGCGGGCGGCCCGAGGCUGCUCUCACCGCGCCGGGUGGUGAGCCAGCGGGCUGAGGAAGACCCCGCACUCACGCCAUCAGUCAGGAGAGCUGCGGCGGGGGGGUUUGCCCCACCAACGCCGGCGCCAGGCUGACUCACUGCUGAGGAGUGGGAAGGUCUGAAGAGCGCGUGCGAGAGAGAGAGAAGCGUCGGAAGGAGGGGAAAGCCUCCAUAACGGCUUCGACAGGAGAGAGAGAGUGAACCGACGGAGAGCGAGAGAGAGAGGGAGAGCACCAGGCAGGCAGGGAGGGAGUGAGUGAGACGCUGACCCCUCCCCUCCCCUCUUCCUCUCCUCACCCCCCCCCAACUCCCAACACCUCCCCACUCCUUCUGGAGCUGGCGUGUAGCAGCGGAGAGCACACCGUGACAGAGGCAUCAUGAGCGAUGUCACCAUCGUCAAAGAAGGCUGGGUGCAGAAGAGGGGUGAGUAUAUCAAGAAUUGGAGACCACGCUACUUUCUGCUAAAGACCGAUGGAUCCUUCAUUGGAUACAAGGAGAAGCCGCAGGAUGCAGACCUACCCUACCCUCUCAAUAACUUCUCUGUGGCAAAAUGCCAGUUAAUGAAAACAGAACGACCAAAGCCCAACACGUUCAUUAUCAGAUGUCUUCAGUGGACCACAGUCAUUGAGAGGACCUUCCAUGUAGACACUCCAGAAGAAAGGGAUGAGUGGACAGAUGCGAUCCAGAUGGUGGCAGAUAAACUCCAAAGACAGGAAGAAGAGCGGAUCCAGUGCAGUCCUACGUCCCAAAUAGACAACAUCGGAGAGGAGGAGAUGGACAUCUCCAUCAGUCACCACAAACGCAAGACAAUGAAUGACUUUGACUAUUUAAAACUACUGGGAAAAGGCACUUUUGGUAAAGUCAUUCUUGUAAGGGAGAAGGCAAGUGGAAAGUACUACGCAAUGAAGAUUCUGAAGAAAGAGGUCAUUAUAGCAAAGGACGAAGUGGCUCACACACUCACCGAGAGCCGAGUGCUGAAAAACACUAGACACCCUUUCUUAACUUCUUUGAAGUACUCAUUCCAAACAAAAGACCGCCUCUGCUUUGUGAUGGAGUACGUCAACGGAGGAGAGCUGUUUUUCCAUUUGUCGAGAGAACGAGUGUUCUCGGAGGACCGCACACGCUUCUACGGCGCCGAGAUCGUCUCCGCCCUCGACUACCUGCACUCCGCCAAGAUAGUGUACCGGGAUCUCAAGUUGGAGAAUCUCAUGCUCGAUAAGGAUGGCCACAUUAAAAUCACAGACUUUGGGCUCUGUAAAGAAGGAAUCACUGAUGCUGCUACUAUGAAGACCUUCUGUGGAACACCAGAGUACCUGGCCCCUGAGGUGCUGGAAGAUAAUGAUUAUGGCCGUGCAGUAGACUGGUGGGGUCUGGGAGUGGUGAUGUAUGAGAUGAUGUGUGGCAGGUUGCCCUUCUACAAUCAGGACCAUGAGAAGCUGUUUGAGCUAAUCCUCAUGGAGGACAUCAAGUUCCCCAGAACGCUCUCAGCUGAUGCCAAGUCUCUGCUGUCAGGACUGCUUAUCAAAGACCCCAACAAGAGACUUGGCGGAGGUCCAGAUGAUGCUAAAGAAAUAAUGCGACACAGUUUCUUUGCUGCGAUCGACUGGCAAGACCUUUAUGACAAAAAGCUGAUACCUCCCUUCAAGCCUCAGGUGUCGUCAGAGACGGAUACCAGAUAUUUUGACGAGGAGUUCACGGCACAGACGAUUACAAUAACCCCCCCUGAAAAAUUUGAUGAAGACGGAAUGGACUGUAUGGAUAACGAGCGACGGCCGCACUUCCCUCAAUUUUCUUACUCGGCCAGCGGGAGAGAGUGAAGCCCCCCCCACCACAGCCAGCACUGCCUCAUCCUCAUCACGCUUUACCACUGGAACGGACUACUACUAUGUCUUCAGCUUCUACCCAGUCAGACUAGCCUAAACAAAGCUCCCCUCCUCUGCGGGGACUCCUUCAUCGCUCUCUAGCCAGGCCGAGGACACCAGGGACACGGUUGAGUUUUAGGGUAAUAGGAAUUCUUUUGCACGUCGGGCUGGCCCGAGGUCCGGCCCGCUUAAACAAUGUCCCGGGCAGCUUCAGCCCCUUGGGUUGGCUGCCGGGGAGGAAGAACUGUGCUGUUCGUUUACUUUUUGUUUUCUUCUGUGUGUGUUUGUUUUUGUUUUGUUUUUUUUUUGUUUAUUUAGAUGUUUAAAUGCCUCCUUCAGUGGGAGCAAAAAGCACUGAAGCUGCGUCACACCUUUCCAUUUCAGCAUUUCAGUUAAGAGAACAAGCGUGGCUUGAGAUUCACAUGAGUGUUAGUAUUUAACCGGCUGCAUUGAAUUUGCCUCUGAUAUUAAGUACAACAGAAUGUCUCUGCUCUGCUGUUGUGUCAAGUCUAAAACUGCCAUGAACGGUACUCUCAGGCUACACAGGUCACGUCUGUGCUCAACUCAGUAAACAGGAUUAGCUUUAUUCCAGCUCCUCGCUCACCCAGGGAAGGCCACUGAUGCCACCCACUGCAGCUCUUUCUGUUUCUCUCAGUCUGGAUUUCUCUGUUUCUUUAGCUCUCUCUCUCUCUUUCUCUCUCUCUCUCUCUCUCGGACACUUUGGCACAGUUUGAUUCAGGAUCUGUUGUAACAUUUCACUGUGGCAUUGGUGGGGCAUUCUUCACGUUCUUAGCUGAAAUAAUCCUGUGAAUCUGAGCCAUGCAGUAUCACAUCUCUUGGUAGGUAUAGAGGGUGCGUUCUGCUUUAGGUACGCUUACAUAUUCAGAUAAGAGAAGCCUUGAGUUGAUGACCUUCAUCACUUUCUUCCAUUUGCCUACAUAUGGAAGGCUUUCUAUUCCACUGGUCAUUCCUGUAGAUGUCAUUCCACUUGGUUAAAUUAUAGUGAUUACUGGCGAUAAACCUGGGGAGGUUUGACAGUGUUGCUUAGCAGUGACACUGGGCACUUGGUCAAGCUACACUUGCUCCACAGUUCGCAGCUAACUCCUAAGAGCACUCCUGAAUUUGGUUUUAGGAUCAGCAAUCUGAAAUAAAAGACAAACAUACAUUCAUGACUUCAGUGCACUGGAGCAUGUUCCUCUAAGGAGUCAGUAAUGCUACCACUGUGGCUCAGUAAAGCCAGCAUUAGCUGAUGGAGCGCUGAUGCCCUGUUAUGUAGUUUUACAGUAGGGAAUAUGCUUAAAUAAAGGUCUUCUAUUUAUUUUUUCUGUUCUUCGUUUGUCCUUGUUGUAAAGAGUGUUGCCAGGAGGUUCCUUAUUGGACAAAAAUGCACCUACACAUGGCUUAAGAAUGUAAAUUGGGCAAUGCAAAGGCCUUUGCUUUAUGUUGUUUUCUUUUUUGAUAAGGUUUUUGUGUCUUUUUUAAAUGGGGGAAACAGUUUGUGAGGGUCCUAUUCACACCAUUGUAGCAUUGCUUCUGCUUCUUUUCUCCAUCGUCCUUUUCUGCAUAGCGAGCUGUUCUGACAUAUAAAGGGCUGCACAACCUGGUCCUCUCGGCAGCAGACACAAAGCCACUGCUAUGCUCUGGCAGUGGGGAAAGUGUGGCUUUCACUAGCGUAUGUAAAUACAAGAGCAUGGCGCUCAGUAGCUCUGUCUAGUGAGACUUAACAAUGUGUUUUCUUCUGGCAAUUUCCCACGGCUGGCCAAGGCACUGCUCAUUCUGGCCUUUUCCAUUGCUUUCUCUAAUGGGCAGUUCACUUAAAGCGAGCUGGACAGUAUUAUGUAAGGUGAAGAGUUGGAUUUGAAGUCUUGUUAGAAGGUGUUCCAUUUGUUUUACUGACCAUGAUAAAAGCCUACGCUUUUAUGCUUUGUUUUGGUGUGUUUAGUCUUGUAGUAGCUGAUCUCAUGCUCAGAUUCCUUUAGAUUUCAAGUGGUCCAGUCUGGUCAGUGAGGUUGGAUCAUACAUUGCCAUUCAUCCAGUCAGAGGCAGAUCAAUGAACAGCAAGUGCACUGGUGGGAAAUGCCCCCAUUAAAUGUUUAUUUGAAUAUUGAGCAGUUAUGGUAACUACAACUACUGGUUUGGACCUGACUUUGAAGACACUCAGAUGAUGCUUGAUUUAAAAAUAAAUGGGCCAGAGAUCACAAAGAAAAGUGUGUUGCUAGUGCUCGAGUUAGAGUAACUAAAUUUCAGUACAGGGGUCCACAGUGAACAGUGCUGGUCAGAGGUUUACCUGAAGUGUUCUGUGUCUGAUUCCUUUAAAUGUGGUACGUUACUUCAAGCCUAAAGCAAUACUCCAGUGCUUUUCCACCUUCAAUCUCUAUCUGCUGUGAGGGUUUUUCAAACUAAAUUAAGGGGAAAGUCAUGUAGCUGAUGCAUGUUCCAACUUCAUAGCCUGUCCACUGAAACCAAACACUGGUCUUUGUUUUAUUCUUAACUUUAAUUAUACUAUUUCAACAUAAACAACAAACAACGAAGCAUACUGGCUACGCCUCAAACUAUUAGGAGUCUUUUGGCUCCUUCAUGACGCAUCUGUUGCAUACAGUACUGUGCAAAAGACCACUCUUCAUAUAUUUAAUUUCCAGUCAAAAUCAUCAUUAACUACGUGGUUAAUUUUUCAGUGUCAGGGGAAAAACCAAAACAGAAAACGUACUUAAGAGAACACCUUAACAACUAAAUAUCAGAGUUUUCAGUAUCUGUUGUGUCCAUUCUUUGCCUUUCUUAGAGCUUCCAUUCUUUUCAAGAGAAAGAAAUCUGCAGGGAUAUUUUUCCACACCUCCAAAGUUCAGUCUUAGAAGUUGGUUGCAUUUUCUGCUCCUCACGAUCCAAAUAAUCCCAAACACAUUCAGUGAUGUUGUGUUCUAGGUGGACACCCCAUUGUUGUUCUAAGAACACCAGCAGCUUCUCUGUUUGCUUUGCAAAUGCUCUUUUUUUGUCUUUGUUUACAGCUACAGCUCUUUUCAGACUCAGUCUUGAUGGACAGAAACGUGUAGAUUUUUUCAGAUCUGAGAAAGAGUGGAGCUUGGAGAUUUUUUCCUCUCUCUGAGAAGAGACAAAGCUCAAAGAUGAAAGCUUUAAGUAUUCUUAAUUUGA